AUGUCUACUUUUAAGGAGAGGUGGCAUAAGGAAACUAGUAGUUUCCAUCUUUUGGUAGGAGAGGUAACUAUUACCUUUGAUGAUGUGGCAUCAUUGCUACAUCUGCCCAUUACAGGCGCAUUUGUGAGCUUUAAGCCUCUUCAUGUGGACGAUGUCGUCUUCCUCUUAGUCGAAUUGCUUGAAGUAAGUUCUAAAGAGGCAAGAGCUGAGACAGUACAAUGCCAUGGGGCAUAUGUUCGACUAUCCUGGUUGCGAGACAUAUAUCGGAGCAAAUGUGACGCAGCACAGUGGACUGUAGUAGGUCGAACAUAUUUGUUGCAUCUGGUAGGUUGCACACUCUUUGCUAACAAGAGUGUCACAAACAUUCAUGUGGUAUUCUUGGACGCAUUUUGUGACCUCACACAGAGUGGAAGCUACGCAUGGGAAGCUGCUGCACCGAUGCAUAUGUAUGAGAAUUUGAAUGAUGCGUCAAAGGGCACCGCCAGACAACUUUAA